AGAACAUGGAAAUACUCAAAGUACCUGAAAUUAGUACUUAAGUACAGUACUUGAGUAAAUGUAUUUGGUUACUUUCACUAAAAGUGAAGCUGUGCAGGUCACUGCAGGCAGACAGGCUGCAGGUCCCAUCAGCCAAUGUGAGGCUGAUCCAUCACUGCUGACAUCCAAUCAGCUGAGGGCUGAUGGGACUGGAUCAAUGAAUGUGUUGUCUCCUCUCACACCCUUGGACACCCUGAGUGUAGCAGUGUAUCACAGAUCUGUGUUAUUAGCGUGGGCCUGCACGUUGUGCUGUUUCUACCGUCUGUUCAUCGGUGAUGGAAAACACGCGCUGCUUUGCCAACCGCUUCUCUGACUGCAACGAUGCGCUGCUCCCGGAUCAGUGCGCUCAGGCCGCCGUGCCCACCAUCGUCGCCACCGUCGAUAAAGUCCUGAAAAAGGUUCCCGUCGACAUCAGCGACUGCGACGGAGGGCUGUACGAUGGCCCGGCCGGGGUGGCUUACAUGCUGUAUCACGUCAGCGAGUGCCCGCUGUUCUCCGAGCAGCGGGACGUCUACCUGAAGACGGCCAAGCAGAUCAUCGACGUGUCGGUCAGAUACGUGGAUGCUGAGCCGGAUAAGAACAUGCGCGCCGCCUUUCUGCUCGGCGGGGCGGGCAUCUACGCGGUGGCCGCGAUGAUAUACAAAUCCCUGGGCUUGGCUGAUUUCGUUAAGCCGCUGACCAAAUUUCGUAACCUGUGGGAGGUGUGCGCGCCCAUCAGUUUUCUGGAGUGCGGCUCGGACGAGCUGUUUGUGGGGCGGGCUGGGUACCUGUGUGCCGCCCUGGUCCUCAGGCAGAAGCUGGGCAUAGAGAUUUUGAGCAAAGAUCAAAUCAAAUCAAUUUGCCAGGCCAUCAUCGAGUCAGGAAAACAGUAUGCCAAGAGGAAGAGAAAGCCAUUCCCCCUCAUGUACUCGUACUAUGGAACAGAGUAUCUUGGUGCAGCCCAUGGCCUCUCAUCGGUGCUGCAGAUGCUGCUGAGCUACCAGGACAUGCUCAGUUGGGCAGAGAAGGACCUGGUGUGGCAGAGUAUCGAUUUCCUCUUGAGCCAGGAGCAGAACUGUAACUGGCCUGUGGAGCUGGGCGCCAUCAUCGAGAGAGAGAACGAACUGGUGCACUGGUGCCACGGAGCCCCAGGUGUGGCAUAUCUUUUUGCUAAAGCCUACCUGAUCAAUAAGAAACCCCAGUAUCUGGACACGUGUAUCCGUAGUGGGGAGCUCGUGUGGCAGAAAGGUCUGCUGAAGAAGGGACCUGGGAUUUGUCACGGAGUUGCAGGGAGCGCUUAUGUCUUCCUCCUGCUUUAUCGUCUCACAGGCAACUCGAAAUACAUCUACCGUGCUCAGAGGUUUGCAGAGUUCCUCUUCACUGAGGAGUUUAAGGCAGGCUCCCGCUCAGUGACCAGUGUCUACAGUCUGUUUGAAGGUCUGUCGGGGACUGUUUGUUUCCUGGUCGACCUCCUGCAGCCAGACCAGUCAGAGUUCCCUCUGUUUAGUGUCUUUGUGUAAAUGGACCCCGGGUUACUGCCAUUCAGACAUCACUCCCUCCCUCUGAAAUCCCUCAAUAACUGGAUUGGUCGAAGCACAGUCUUUACGAACCUGAUCAGAGUGGGAGUGGAGGGAUGGAUGGUGUUUGUUUGGGAGUUAGAAAAUCACAUUUGAGUACAGUUGCAGUAGAAAAAUUAGUUUUGUGUCUGUACUAAAGUGGCUGUUCAGCUUCCAGGCUUUACCAGAUUCAUUCCACUUACUGUAACGUUGCUCAUUUCAAUUUACAAUGUAGUCAAUUGCACUAAAGCAGAGGUUUUCAAACUGUGAGAGCGAAGGGGAGGCGUGGGGGGAAGGACGUGAGGCAAAGGUACCACAUGAGGUGAAUUUGAGUCAAAAAUGUACUCUUUCAGUCAUAAUUCAGUCAAAUCUGAACACAGAGACAUGAUACACAUAUGUUUAGAUUCAGUGUGACUUACACUUCCCGAGGAUAUUAUUAUCUCCAACGUCACAAAUAAACAUCCAUAAAUCAGCUUGGAAAUCAUAGAAAAAAAGACACUCCUUAUAGCUCCAGAACUUGCCUGAGAAUCAUUAUGCUAUCAUGUUUUCUUCUGUAUCAAAGUAAUGCAGUGAUAGUUGUCAGUGCAAAAAGGAACUGCUAAUAGCUAAUUUGCCAAUUUGCCAAAAUGUUAAGCUAAAAAACAAACAUAGGCUAAUAAAUGGCCUAAAGUUGUGGCCCAGGGGGCACAGUUGUCCCGAUUUUGUCUGUGGGUGGUGUCUGCACAGUUUUGAAAAGUGGUACUGCUGCUGUUGAUUGAAAUCGCAGCAUAUUCUACGAAGAUGCUGCUCUCAGGUCAGAAACACACAUGCACGCAUACCAUUGACAGCUACAAUAAAUCACACCCAAGUCACACAAAAGAAAAACAGAAAAGAGAAAAACAAGUGUCACAUAAUGCCUUUAAAAUUUUUCUACCACUUCACCAGCUCAGCGUCACGUAUCGCAGACCUUUGAGUUCAUGUCUUUAGGGUAGGUCAUUUCUCAAAUUAUUGUUGACACAACCUUCAACGACAAAUAUAAUGGAGGGAUUUUGAUACUGAACUUGUAAAAUCGUCAAAGCUUGGUAGAGAGGUACAACCAACAGAUAAUAAGGGAAAGAACUGUAGAUUAAUGUCUUAUUAAUAGUCUCACUUUGUUUGCGCUGUGCAAUAUUACAGACUCAUCUGUUUGAACUGAGGUUACACCGUGUGUAGCAUUGUGACAGCUGUUUGUCUUUAAAAUGUUAUAUGUUGUAAUUUGCUAUGACUUUUACCAUGUGUAAAGAAAAAAAAACAAUGGAGUAUGUUAGACUGUAGACUGUGAAUCUCAGUUAUGUAAAUUACAUUCGAUGGAGGAUUUCUUCACAUAAAUGUGAUAAUGAGGGCUUAAAAACACAUUUCUAGCAUUUGAACAUGAUCACAUCUCUCAGAGUAAAAAUUAUAUUGACAACAUUGAAAACUGAAAAUGCUUUGGGCAGCGUUUGGUACAUGAUAAGAAAGGUGAAUAACAGCAAACCAAAGGAUGCUCCCAAUGCUAAUUGUGCCUGUUGUGGAACAUUUAUAAGCUGUGUAUGUGUUGUUUUUGCAUUUGCAACAACAAAGUCUAAAGGAUUAUUGUUAUUAAUAAAGUAUCUGGAGUUUUUCUUGAAAA